GAUUGUACUCCUGACCCCUGUCAGAAUGGAGGAACUUGUACUGAUGGAGUGAACGACUAUACUUGUGCCUGCGUACUGGGCUAUACUGGAAACGAUUGCGAAACAGAUAUCGACGAUUGUACUCCUGACCCCUGUCAGAAUGGAGGAACUUGUACUGAUGGAGUGAACGACUAUACUUGUGCCUGCGUACUGGGCUAUACUGGAAACGAUUGCGAAACAGAUAUCGACGAUUGUACUCCUGACCCCUGUCAGAAUGGAGGAACUUGUACUGAUGGAGUGAAC